UAUCUAUCUAUCUAUCUAUCUAUCUAUCUAUCUAUCUAUCUAUCUAUCUAUCUAUCCAUCCAUCCAUCCAUCCAUCCAUCCAUCCAUCCAUCCAUCCAUCCAUCCAUCCAUCCAUCCAUCCAUCCAUCCAUCCAUCCAUCCAUCCAUCCAUCCAUCCAUCCAUCCAUCCAUCCAUCCAUCCAUCCAUCCCCACCCUGCUAAAAAAACGUAACAUAGAAGCAAGACUAAAGUGGAAAGGACAAAACAUCAGGGACAUAUAAAAUCAAAGUCUUCACAUUGUCAGUCCUUUCUUUAAUAUUUCAUUGUUUUUUCCACUUGUGUGGAAGUGAGCAUUGAUUAAAAAUGAAUGCCAUUCUAUGGAGCCCUGGCUUCACGCAUCAGGGAAUCGGGGUCUGGCCGACUGGCUGGCUGGCCGACUAUUUAUUAAGAGCGGCUCGCUACUCUGCUCAUCUUGCACUCAGGUGGAUGAGCUGCGAGGAUCUGAGUUGUAAGUAUCUCUUUUCCUCCUUACUCCUUUCAUUUGCCCUAAACCUGUGGUGGCCUUUCAGGUCGGCAGCUUGGCGCAGGAUCAUCAGAAGCCAUAUUGACGUUUCUUUCCUAAGCCGUCACAGGCUUUCACCAUGAGAGGACCAUGGCGCUCUUACCUCAUGAGCAUCUUGGUGUACGCAAGCGCAUUGCACGCGCGGUCCAAAGGUGAUUCCGACGCGGCGACGCGCAAAGACAUCGCAACGUUCACUAAGAUCCUGGACAGUCUUCUGGAUGGCUAUGACAACAGGCUGAGACCUGGCUUGGGUGACCGAGUCACAGAAGUCAAGACUGAUAUCUACGUGACCAGCUUUGGCCCGGUGUCAGACACAGACAUGGUACAUGUUACAAUGCGUUGUUCACUUUGGACCCACAAAGUUCAGUUGCUAGUUCACGUGCCGUGCGACUCUUUGUGUCCCCGUCACGUUUCCCCCGCCCGCCUCAUUAAGAACACGCAGAAAUGAAGUCGCUGGCGUCAAUUCAAAAGAUGCUUGACUCUUCUGGUUUGAUUCCAUCAUUGGUUCCUUCCUUUUGCAGAGUGGUCAUGAGCAUCCUGGCAGCCAUUUUCCUCCUGAUGUUUUGAUUCCAUCUCUCUCUCUCUCUCACUCUCUCACUGCCUCACUGCCUCACUGCCUCACUCACUGCCUCAUCACUGCCUCACUCACUGCCUCACUCACUCACGCACACCUCUUGAUCCCUUAAAAGCUUUCUUGAGUUGCUGCAGGCUCUCCUCUCCCCACCGGACCGUAACGUGGAUGGUAAAUGGCACGGAUGAUGAGAAUGCAGGCUCCAAAUGCAGAAAUAGGAAGAUGGCCUCAUGUGAAAUUGAUUGUUCCUCCUCAUCAAACUUGCAAGACAGAUCAUCAUUUCACUCCAUCUGUGUAUCUACUUUGUGGCUCUGACACACAUCUUUUGCUCUCUAGUUGGAAAGAUGAACGGUUAAAGUUUCACGGUCCGAUGAACAUUCUUCCCCUCAACAACUUGAUGGCCAGUAAGAUCUGGACUCCCGAUACCUUCUUUCACAACGGCAAGAAGUCGGUGGCCCAUAACAUGACAAUGCCCAACAAACUGCUGAGGAUUAUGGAGGAUGGAACGCUGCUCUAUACCAUGAGGCUGACGGUUCAAGCCGAGUGCCCCAUGCACCUGGAAGACUUUCCCAUGGACUCUCACUCGUGUCCUCUGAAGUUUGGCAGCUAUGCCUACACAAAGUCUGAGGUGACUUACAUUUGGACUCGAAAUGCUUCCCAGUCAGUGGACGUGGCAGCUGACGGAUCGAGACUCAACCAGUACGACUUAGUGGGACAAACGGUGGGAAAGGAGACCGUUCAAUCCAGCACCGGUGAAUACACGGUCAUGACGGCACACUUCCACCUGAAGAGGAAAAUUGGCUAUUUUGUGAUCCAGACCUAUUUGCCCUGUAUCAUGACCGUAAUCCUCUCCCAGGUCUCUUUUUGGCUUAAUCGAGAGUCCGUUCCGGCCAGAACCGUGUUUGGUGUAACCACGGUGCUGACAAUGACCACCUUAAGUAUCAGCGCCCGCAAUUCACUGCCCAAAGUGGCCUACGCCACAGCCAUGGAUUGGUUCAUCGCCGUGUGCUAUGCCUUUGUCUUCUCUGCGCUCAUUGAAUUUGCCACCGUCAACUACUUCACCAAGCGGGGCUGGGCCUGGGACGGAAAGACUCUGGUCGAUGACAAGAAGAAAGAAUCGGCUGCCAUGAAGAAGAACAAUGCCGUGGCCGUGGCUAACUACGCUCCUGAUCUAAGUAAAGACUCAACGCUGGCGACCAUCUCCAAGUGCUCCUCCGUCAGCCGUCCCGACAAGGCCUCCUCGGAGAAGAAAGGCGUACGCAAGAAAACGUUCAACAGUGUCAGCAAGAUUGACCGCAUUUCCCGUAUCAUGUUCCCUGUGCUUUUUGGUACCUUUAACCUUGUUUACUGGGCCACCUACCUCAACAGAGAACCCGUUAUUAACGACGGGGAUCAUUCCAAAUAAGCACCGGGGACUUUGUGGGUGUGCUCCAGUCAAAAGCCCUUUGUGUACCAAAUGCACGUAUCAUCCCUUGCAUCCUAACCGUUUUGUUGAUGACUUUUCCAACGUUAGGAGUACUGCACCAUUGCAAAGCAGACAAAUGUUGGAUACUUACAUUGUGAAAUAAGUGUGACUUGCUUGACGUUAAGUGACACAAUGAAUUUGGUUUGCAAGCAAA